AUGGCUACACAAUACGAAGUCGAGCACAACAUCAAGCCCGGGCCCUCGACCCAAGAUGGAACCCGCCGCAUCGACAUGUCCUCCUUCACCUCCUUCCUCUCAAACCUCACAACCGACAACCACUCUGCAACCGCCGCCGCCGCCGCUGCCGCCCACCACAACCCCCACGCGACACCAACCCCCGUAGACGCAGCAGCCCUCUACACCCUCCUCCAACAACAAUUCCAAACCCUCUUCUCCACCGCGCCCAACACCCAAAACGCAGCCUUCCUCUCUUCCCUAGUCGAGGCCCUCGAAUCGGACAUCGUCUCCCCGCCCACCGAGAUCCCGGGCGUAUCCCACGAGUACCUCGACUCCCUCGACCGCGUCCCCAAGAAAUCCAUAAAGGAAGACGAGGCCUGCCCGAUCUGCGCCGAAAAGUUCCUGGACGAUAAGUACCCGCUCGUCGUCGAGCUCCCUUGCCACAGCAGCCACCGCUUCGACCUCGAGUGUGUGAGCCCCUGGCUGAGGAGUAAGGGCAGCUGCCCGAUGUGCCGUAAGGAUUUGACCAAGAAGAAGGAGCCCGUUGUUGUGGUGGACGAUGAUGAGGAGAAUGAUGAUCCUGAUGGAUUGUAUGCGUAA